AUGUUUCCUGACUGCUACUAGCUUGUUUAUAUGUGCAGGGCAGUGGAGCGAGCUCCUGGUUGCCUCACUUUUUAAAUAGAAAAUCACCGAGUCACCUGAGUGCCUUGUAAUAUGUCUUAGUAUAUUUUGAGGUUAAUAUGUUGAUUUGGUGGUGGUUAUUUUGCCUGUGGUGUCGGUAUUCGUCGAGCUAACGCCGCCUCUUGUUUUAAUGUGACGUCACAUAACAAAUGCGGAAGCGCUCCGGCAUCUGCUGCGUACCCAACCCGUAGACCAUAGAUCCUUUUUUCAAUCCAAGGUGAAGGACAAAGAUGUAGAGAAGACAGCCAUUGACGAGCAAGUGAAAAAUGCUGCCAGAAGCCCACUCAAGGCCCAAAACGGGGUCCACCAAGAGGACUCGCCCGUCAAGAAGGUUGCCAAACGCACACGGCGCAUUUUGGACAGCGACGAUGAUGAUGAUGAUGAAGAAGUCAUGAACGUUGGUAAACAUCAAGUCAAAGAGGACGUCUUCAAGGCGGUGUCAACAACCAUGUCGCUUCCGCCGCCUCCCCCGGCCCCUGCCAUUCCUUCCACACCCACCUCCUCCAUGUCCCCUAGCACCCCAAACUCUGUCUCGUCUUCUGAAGGCAUCAGAAAACGCAAGACGGCGAGGAAGAUGUUCCCCAAGAGGAAGCUGGACGACAGCGGCAGUGACAGUCAAAAGGAGGAUGAGGGCAACACCAAGAUUCCGGCGGCAGACGAUAGUCAGCAGAAAAAACGAGCCCGUGUGGACGAUGGCGACACAGACGAGUUUGCUGAGGAAGAAAGAGAUGACAGCGAGGCAGCGACGGAGCAAGUGAGGACGCCGGAUAAAGACGGAGAGAAAGCGGAAGAGAUUGAAAAAAAGCUGGAGGAAGAGGAGGAAGACAAGAAUGACGACAAGGCCACAAAAGAGGAAGCCAAAAAAGCUCAUAUCAGCAGCUUCUUUGCUCCCAGAAAGGCUGCAGGGAAGACAGAGAAAAAGAGUGAAAGAGAGAAUAAGACAGGAACGACGACUUCGACUUCCUCCAUGAAGGAGAACAGCAAAGAUGCGAAAAGUGAGUCGACGGAAACGGACUACAACCCGUCCAGACCCAACUACCACCCACUCGAGAAUGCCUGCUGGAAGGAGGGACAAAAGGUGCCUUACCUGGCGCUGGCUCGCACCUUUGAGAAGAUCGAAGAGGACUCUGGCAGACUGAGAAACAUCGAGACUCUGGCCAACCUGUUCCGCUCAGUGCUGCUGCUUUCUCCAGACGACCUGCUGUGCUGCAUCUACUUAUGUCUAAACCAGUUGGGACCUGCCUACCUCGGCGUGGAGCUUGGCAUCGGAGAGACGGUGCUGAUGAAAGCUGUUGCGCAGGCCACGGGGCGACAGCUGGACAAGAUCAAGGCAGAGGCUCAGGAGCGCGGGGACCUUGGUCUGGUGGCCGAGAGCUCCCGCAGCAACCAGCGCACCAUGUUCAGGCCGGCCAGCCUGACUGUGGGCGGCGUCUUCAAGAAGCUCAAGGAGAUCGCAAGCAUGAGCGGCAAUGCGGCCAUGAAUAAGAAGAUCGACAUCAUCAAAGGACUCUUUGUGGCCUGCCGCUUCUCCGAGGCCCGCUACAUCGUCAGGUCAUUAGCCGGGAAGCUGCGGAUCGGAUUGGCCGAGCAGAGUGUCCUGUCGGCGUUGAGUCAAGCCGUGUGCCUCACUACACCCCAGAAAGGUAACUCUCCUGCCGUGAUGGACGUCGGUAAAGGGAUGACCACCGAGAGCAGGCGUGCUUGGAUCGAAGAGAAGAAUCUAAUUUUGAAACAGACUUACUGUGAGAUGCCCAACUACGACAUUCUCAUCCCCGUUCUUCUUAAAGAAGGCAUCGACAAGCUGCCCGAUCACUGCAAACUCACCCCAGGCGUACCCCUGAGGCCCAUGCUGGCGCACCCCACGAAGGGAGUCGGGGAGGUGAUGAAACGUUUCGACGAGGCGGAGUUCACCUGCGAGUACAAAUAUGAUGGCGAGCGCGCGCAAAUACACAUCCUGGAGAGCGGCGAGGUUCGGAUAUUUAGCCGCAACCAGGAGGACAACACCAGCAAGUACCCUGAUGUCAUCUCUCGUAUCCCCAAGGUAAAGAAAGACUCUGUGGUCUCCUGCGUGCUGGACUCCGAAGCAGUGGCGUGGGAUCGCGAGAAGAAACAGAUCCAGCCGUUCCAGGUCCUCACCACACGCAAGAGAAAGGAUGUGGAUGCAGCCGACAUCAAAGUCCAAGUGUGUGUGUACGCCUUUGAUCUCCUCUACCUCAAUGGAGAGUCUCUUGUGCGACAGCCACUGUGUCGGCGUCGGGAGCUGCUGCGAGAGUCCUUUGCCGAAGCGGAAGGAGAGUUUGUAUUUGCCCGAUUUAUCGACUCGGACAACACGGAGACCAUUGCAGAGUUCCUGGAGCAGUCUGUCCGAGACUCAUGCGAAGGCUUGAUGGUGAAGACUCUGGAGAAGGAUGCCACCUAUGAAAUCGCCAAACGCUCCCAUAACUGGCUUAAGUUGAAGAAGGACUACCUGGAGGGUGUGGGGGACACGGUGGACCUGUGCGUUAUCGGCGCCUACCUUGGCAAAGGCAAGAGGACGGGGACAUACGGCGGCUUCCUGCUAGCCUGCUACGACGAAGAGAACGAGGAGUUCCAGUCGGUCUGCAAGAUCGGGACCGGCUUCAAGGAUGAAGACCUGGAGCAGCACCACAAGUUCUUGAAGGAACACAUCUUGCCCAAGCCCCGCCCCUACUACCGUGUGGACCAAUCGGCCGAGCCCGACGUUUGGCUGGAUGCUGUGCAGGUUUGGGAGGUCAAGUGUGCCGACCUGUCGCUGUCGCCCGUGUACAAGGCUGCCAUGGGACUGGUGGAUCCAGAGAAAGGAAUCUCCCUGCGUUUCCCUCGCUUCCUUCGCAUCCGAGACGAUAAGAAGCCCGAGGACGCCACGAGCGGCGCUCAGAUCGCCGACCUGUACAAGAAACAGCAGCAGAUCCUGAAUCAGGGAGACAAAGCCGACAUGGAGGACUACUUUUGACCUGACCACGAUGCCAAUAAAUCAUCAAUCGCUGAUAUCAUUGAUAUCAGCCCGAAUGUAAAUAAAUGUAUUUUUGUCAACUUGAAUGGAAAUAAAAGGUCCUUUUACACAUCCUGA